AUGGCAUCUGUGACAGAUCGGCUGCAGCUACAAUCCCGUGUGGAGGAGCUGGAGCGUUGGGUUUAUGGACCAGGCGGGGCACGUGGCUUGCGGAAGGUGGCUGAUGGUCAGUUUAAGGCUUUGGGGAACAUCGCCAGCAAGAGGAAGAGGGUGACGAUUCUGUACAAAAAGAUUGAAGACUUGAUCAAAUACCUGGAUCCUGAGUACAUUGACCGCAGUGCCACCAUACCUGGUGCUUCUAAGCUGCAAUUCAUCCUGUCCCAGGUUGCCUUCCUCAUGCCUGCGAAAGCUGGAGAUGAGGAGGAACGUAACACAGUUAAAAGACUUGGCAAGUUAGCCAACUUGAGGCGUGUGGAGCACUGGCCGGUUCCAGGAACGCGAGGUCAGGGCAGUCCACCCCAGCAGCACAAGCCUCAGGCUCAGGACCCACUGGCCUCAACCCAGGAGUCAGACCCUGGUGGCAGCUCGGCAAGCUCAGCGAUUCAGGCCCCGCAGCGCACACGCUCCAGGGCCAAUCAGCGCUCGGAGGCGUUCCCAGGCUUCCUCUAUUCCCCGCCCCGUCAGAGGCUCCUAACGGGAGACUACAUGCGCCAGCUUGUGACCUGUGACCUGACACCCGGAAGUGGUUGUCCUGUAGGAAGCGGGCGGCCCUGA